AUGGUGACUUUGGUCACUGUGAGCUAUGCUUCACCAGCUGCUGUUUUGAGUAAACGAUCAGGAAAAUACCAAUCAAUCGUAGACGAUUUUGCAAAGAUUGAUCAAACAAUCAAAGAAUUGGACGAGGCUCAAUCAAGCUCUCCUCAAACAGGCAAGCCCGAUUUCAGUAAAUCAGCAAAAGGUCUUGCACAAUUAUCAAUGGAAGCUGAAUCAGCAGAAUUCAAAUUGCGUGCACUCGGAACUGACAAAUUGGACGCUUCGAGUGCAGCAAGUAUUGGUGGUUCACUCACAUCAUCUUCUCAACAUGUCAAGGGAAUCACAGAUAUGGUCAAAGCAGGUAAACAAUGGUUUGAACAAUACCAUGCCACCUCAACUGUGGUCACAAUUUUGAAAACGAAUAUCGCUCAAUUCAAAGACUUGUUCUCCGAAUUGAACCGCCAUGUUGACUAUGCAACUGUAAAAUCUUACGCUGCUCCCGAAGUCAUUUUCAUCUGCAGCAUGGUGGAUGCAGUCGCUUAUCUCGACCCAAACGCAGUUUCAGCCUCGGCAAAGGCAUUCUGCGCAAGUCACAAGACUGACACCUUUGAUCCAAACGUUUUUGCCGGUGACGCAAAUUCACCUUCAGGCUUCGGAAGUUGCCAUAACAGUCCAACAACGUUCUAUCAGCAAGCUUACACUUCUGGUACAAUGGGAACUGGGUCCACUUCUUGCACUUCAGGCACACAAACGCCAAACAGCUUCAGCAUCCCGAACAACGUCUUGAUGCUCAGCCAAUGA